ACCAUCACUAACCCACUGAAGCACAAUCAUCAUGGAAACACCCUCUGCACCCAACACUCCCAAAAAGUGUUUCUCUCCAUCGAAAUCUCCCCUCCCUUAAAUCCACACCUCUCUAAACUCAAUUCAACUCAAACCCAAAAAGCCAUGAAACCCAAUUCUCCUUUCUCACUCACCUUCCUCUUCUUCUUCUCCUUGGAAGUUACUGUGGUUCUCUCUGCAACUCUCCCUCUGCAACUAGUCUCUCUACUUUACCUCAAAGCUUCUGUUAAAGACCCUCUUUCUUCUCUCCAUGACUGGAACACCAACACCCUUUCUACCAAUGCCGAUUUAUCUAACCCUGUCUGGUGUUCUUGGUCGGGUGUUGUAUGUGAUCAUGACACUUCCCAAAUCACUUCUCUUGAUCUUUCUCACCGAAACCUGUCUGGAAUAAUCCCCUCUGAAAUUCGAUUUUUGUCCGAGUUGAACAACCUAAACCUCAGCGGGAAUGCCUUUGAUGGAGCUUGUCCAACCGUCAUUUUUGAAUUAUCUAAGCUCAGGGUUCUCGACAUUAGCCGCAACAAUUUUAGUUCCAUUUUCCCUCCAGGGAUUUCCAAGCUCAGAUUUUUAACUGUUUUUAACGCUUUCAGCAACAGUUUUACGGGUCAGUUGCCACAGGAAAUCGUUAGGCUUCGGUUUCUCCAAGUGCUCAACCUUGGUGGGAGCUUCUUCCAAGGUAGCAUUCCGGCAGGUUAUGGCGGUUUAUCGAGGUUGAAGUUUCUACAUUUAUCGGGAAAUAAUUUGCAGGGACCGAUUCCACCCGAGUUGUGUUUCUUGACUCAGCUCGAACACUUGGAGAUCGGUUACAAUGUGUUCUCUGGUGGGGUUCCAAUGGAGUUCGGCCUUUUAUCUAAUCUCAGAUACCUCGACAUUUCUACUUCAAAUCUCUCUGGUUAUCUACCAUCCGAGCUUGGGAACUUAACACUGCUCGAGUCUCUGUUUCUCUUCAGUAACAGGUUUAUUGGUGAAAUUCCGGUGAGUUUUUCCGAUUUGGGAGUUCUGAAAGUUCUUGAUUUAUCAGAUAAUCUCCUAUCAGGCUCGAUUCCAGAAGGGCUUUCUACAUUGAAGGAGCUGAUUUGGUUGGGCUUAAUGGACAACAACUUAACCGGCGAAAUCCCUGUCGGAAUCGGUGAGCUUCCAAAGCUCGAAUUUUUUCUCCUUUGGAACAAUUCUCUCACUGGGAAUCUCCCACACAAGCUCGGUUCAAAUGCAAAGUUACAGAGGCUUGACGUUUCUUCUAACUCUCUAAGCGGUCCGAUCCCACCGAAUCUAUGCCUCGGAAACGGACUCGCUAAACUCAUACUCUUCUCCAACAGGUUCGAUUCCGAAAUCCCUCCAUCUCUCGCAAAUUGCACUUCUCUGUUCAGGUUUCGCAUCGAAGAUAACAGACUCACAGGCCCAAUUCCAUCUGGUUUCGGUCUAUUGCCAAACCUAACUUACAUGGACCUGAGCAUGAAUAAUUUGAGCGGUAAAAUCCCUAGCGAUCUCGGAAACGCUUCAAGGUUGGAACUUCUCAACAUUUCUGGAAACCCAUUCGGAACCGAAUUGCCUGCUAACGUAUGGAGCGCACCCAAUUUACAAAUUUUCUCUGCGAGUUUCUGCAAUCUCACAGGAAAAAUACCUGAUUUCAUUGGUUGCAGUAGCUUGUAUAAGCUCGAAAUGGAAGGUAAUUCACUCAAUGGAACUAUUCCAUGGGACAUCGGACAUUGCGAGAAGCUUCUGUGCUUGAAUCUUCAACAAAAUUCUCUCACAGGAAUAAUCCCCUGGGAAAUCUCAACGUUACCUUCGAUCACAGACGUUGAUCUCUCUCACAAUUUCCUCUCUGGUUCGAUUCCAUCUAACUUUGAUAAUUGCAGUACUCUAGAGAGCUUCAAUGUCUCAUUCAACCAGCUCACCGGACCGAUCCCUUCUUCCGCCACGAUCUUUCACCCAUCAUCGUUCUCCGGCAACGAAGGCCUCUGCGGUGGUAUCGUGGAGAAGCCCUGCACGUCGGAAAUCACCACCGAAGACGAGAAAUUACGGCAGCAACCGAAGAAGACCGCCGGAGCGAUCGUGUGGAUCAUGGCUGCAGCGUUCGGGGUAGGCCUCUUAAUCCUGUUCGCAGGUAGCCGAUGCUUCCACGCAAAUUACAACCGUCGAUUCAACGAUGAACAGAAGGCCGGGCCGUGGAAGUUGACCGCAUUCCAAAGGUUAAAUUUCACGGUGGAUGAUGUAUUGGAAUGCUUAUCGAUGAGCGAUAAGAUCAUCGGAAUGGGGUCCGCAGGGACCGUAUACAGAGCCGAAAUGCCAGGUGGCGAGAUCAUUGCGGUUAAAAAAUUAUGGAGUAAGCAUAAAGAGACGGUACGGAGACGGCGUGGGGUGCUGGCGGAGGUGGAAGUGUUGGGGAAUGUGAGACACCGUAAUAUCGUGAGACUGUUAGGGUGCUGCAGCAACAGCGAGAGCACGCUGCUGUUGUACGAAUACAUGCCCAAUGGAAGCUUAGACGACUUGUUACAUGGGAAAAACAAAGGAGAGAAUCUGGUGGCGGAUUGGCUCACCCGGUACAAGAUAGCACUCGGCGUAGCUCAGGGUAUCUGUUACCUUCACCAUGACUGUGACCCAGUUAUCGUGCACCGUGAUCUGAAGCCAAGCAAUAUCUUGUUGGAUGCUGAGAUGGAAGCCAGGGUGGCGGAUUUCGGUGUCGCCAAGUUGUUUCAAACCGACGAAUCUAUGUCCGUCAUCGCCGGUUCUUAUGGCUACAUUGCGCCAGAGUAUGCAUAUACGUUGCAAGUGGACGAGAAGAGUGAUAUAUACAGCUUUGGGGUGGUGUUAAUGGAGAUACUAAGUGGGAAGAGAUCGGUGGCUGCGGAGUUUGGUGAUGGAAAUAGUAUAGUGGAUUGGGUGAGGAGUAAGAUGAAGAGCAAAGAAGGUGGUGGGGUGGAUGAGAUACUUGACAAGAACGCCGGGGCGGCGUGUGUGUCGGUGAGGGAGGAGAUGAUGUUAGUGUUAAGACUCGCAUUGCUCUGUACCACUAAGAAUCCUGCUGAUCGUCCCUCCAUGAGAGAUGUUUUGUCGAUGUUGCAUGAAGCUAAGCCCAAGAGGAAGUCACCCAGUGGUCGGAUAAGCGGCGGUGGAGACAAUGUUGCCGUCCACGGUGGUGUCACCGGUGGUGGAGGUGGUGGUGGUGGUGGUCCUUUGACUCAGAAGUCAGACUGUUAAUAUAACUGCAUUAAUGAACUUUCACGGUUUACUUUGGUUUCUUUAUUUUCUCUUUAAAAUUGUGGGGGUUGUUGUAACAUGGUAUAGGAGGAGAUUUUAUUUUUCUUGGGGUUUUUUUUUUUUUUUUUUUUUUUUAAUUUCAUGGAAUUUCAAUUAAAAUUUUCUUAAUGAUGGAAGUGGGGGUGGUUCUGACUU